AAAAACUCGAGCCGGUCUUUAAUUACGAAUCGCACGAAGUAAGGCUUUGCGGACGCGCAUGCGCAGAGAGAAAGGAGAAGAAGGGAAGAAAAUGAGCUUGGGAGUGAGAGGAAGAAGAACAAAACCAAAAAAUAAUCACGAAUGAAAUAGACAAGCCAUGGAGGGACUGAGCGGGAACUGUCCUGCCACUCACUGCAGGGAGCUGAUCUCUCACCCCGGACUAGGGCGACACUCUGGGACUAUUAUGCCCCACCAGAGCUCGAUUUACUCCGAUAUCUCCUCUCCGGAGGGCGGAAGGCAAUGUCCAGGGCCUCAAACUCCCUCCUCCGGGGCAUCUUUGGGUUAUAAUUACCCUUACUCUUACUACGAAUGCCGUUUGAGUCAUUCUCACGGUGUUAAUGUGCAGAAGCCGUGCUCUUAUCACCCCGCUGAGAAAUACCCUGAGCACGGGGAAGAGCUUUCCAACCGAGCAAAAGAACUGGCUUUUUACCCGGGUUUUGCUGGCUCUUACCAAACCGUCCCGGGAUACCUGGAUAUGGCGGUGAUGCCGGGAAUCGGCGCCCAUCCAGAAGUGCGGCACGAGAGCUUAAUCCCGGUGGAUGGAUAUAAUCACUGGGCAUUGAGCAACGGAUGGGAUGGACAAGUGUGCUUUUCCAAAGAGCAGAGUCAACAGAGCCACCUCUGGAAGUCACCUUUUCCAGAAGUUGUUCCACUGCAAGCUGAAGUCAGCAGCUACCGCCGAGGCCGCAAAAAGCGCGUGCCUUACACCAAGAUCCAGCUGAAAGAGCUCGAAAAGGAGUACACAGCCAACAAAUUCAUCACCAAAGAUAAAAGACGACGGAUCUCCACCAUCACUAACCUCUCAGAGAGACAAGUUACCAUCUGGUUUCAGAACCGCCGUGUAAAGGAAAAGAAAACCGUCUGCAAGUCAAAGUCAAGCGUCCACAUGCACGCUACCUGAGGAGAGCCGAAUCUGUAAAAAUAAAAUGAAAAACUUAAAAAUAUUCCCUUAUUAAUAUAUCUAUUGAUCUAUUGCUGAUAUGGUUAAUUUUGGUAAAUUGUGAUUAUCCCAGUCACUCUGAUCGAAUUAGCAUUGUGCUAGCUCACACAAACAAAAACUCAAAAAAUAAUUAUUCAAAUAUUUGUCUAGCUUCAAUAUACUGAUUAAACAAACAAAUAAACAAAUAAAAAACAAUUUCUUAUUAAGAUAAUUAUAAUAAUAAUUAAAUAUUAAGAUCAUUAGCUAAUCAUCUCAAAGCAAAAGUGACGUUUUAAACGUUUUAGUGACUUUAUUUGUAUAAAGGAAAAUCAAGCUGGGGUUUUCUUGUUACUCCAUAAAACUGCUCACUUGUAUGUAAAGUUCCGAGCAGUUAAUAUCAGGGGGUUUGGGAAGCGUAGUUAGCGCGCGUUGCUUUAGUUCAUUUCUAUGAAACAAUGUUUGCGUGAGAUGUGGUUGGAAAAAAAAGCUGCAAUAUUCAUAAAUCUCACGUUUCAAAAUUUCCAGUGUGUCUUGUGUAGGACCCGAAAUGUACAGGUCUGCAAGGCUGCGUCUGUGAUAUUGUAAAGUGCCGUGCAUAAUUAUUAUUUAAUGAAAAUUCUCGUGCGACAGGACGUGUAAAAUGCUAUUAUUUUAUCGUGUAUUUUAUGUCUUUCUAAUUUUUUUCUCAUUGAAGGAUGUUUCUCUGUCAUGAAACUGGAAUGUUUUGUUAAUGCCUU